UCGACUCCUCCCAGGAGUCGACAGAACUCCGGCUUCGUAAACACGACGGCUUCAUCGUCGCGACUCGUCAAAGUCGACUCUUCUCCGUCAAGUCCGUUCAUGAACUGGAUACAUCACGAGUGCUUGAAACGUCAUCGGAAGUGAACAUGUGACAUUUUAUUUUGGAUACGAGAAACUUGGAGUCACGUGAUGUGCUCUCUCUCUCUCUCUGUUUGUAGAUAGGAUUGAUAAGAUAAGUGUCGAAUAAGGGACAGACACCGAAGGAGAUAUUCUGUGUCCCUCUACAACCUUUUUGUGAAUCUGCAGUGCAGUAUUAAGGAACGUUCGUGCAAUGCGGAGCCGGCAAGGAGACGUCAGAGAGUGAUCGCCACCAGUGAUUAAUCACGUUUCUGAUAUUCCACAAAAUAGAUGAGUGAGAAAAAGUAAGCGGAAUAAUUUCUUCGAACCUCCGUUAAUUCGGAUCUGCGACUUUAAUCUGGAUUAACGGGGCCUCAAAAGCGUAUAGUGAUUUGCGUUAUGACAUUUUGCGCUGGCUGCCGACGCAGUUUUCAUUUAGCGCAUAUAUUUUAAAUUUUUUGCUUGGAGUUGGCUUCGCUUCUACACACACUAAAAUCGCUCCGUACUGUUUUGAAAAAAAAAAAAAAUUCGGCCAAAGAGCCCUGAAGACUUAGUCAUUUUCUCGUUCUAAAGACAGAUAGGGCGCAAAAACUAAAAAUACAGCAAUAAAAAAAAGCAGUAGCGUUAGACGGUGAAGUACAACCGUGUCCUACAAACUUAUCAACAUACAUUCGCGCACAAAAACAAAAACAAAACAAAAAAAAAAGAGAGAAAGAGGAUUGGUUCGUUCUUCCUAGCUCUGGAAAUCCAGUCUGCUAUUCAUCGGACAUCGCUUUUAAAAAUCAAUCAGUCAUCGCUUUGUGCUUGAAGCGCUGCGACUAAGCACCGGUCGGUAUGGUUCUCUCUCGUUCCUGCUAGUACUAAGUCUUUUUCUUACCUUAACGACGGCUAAAGCCUCGAGCAAAGAGAAUUUUAAGCCAAGACCCCCGUACUCGCGCAAGAUUUUUUUUAAGCCGCUUCGCGCUUGGCCUCGAGUCGCACUUCAACUAAAGGACAUGGAUAGCUCUCGGUUUCAACAAGUCUAUUACAAAGCCUUGUCGUUUUUUACAAAGCAUUGAUUGUUUUGAAGCGUUGCCUGUAGCGCCUUAGAAAGGCGCAAGAAAGUUAUGUUUUACGAGCGUUUUCGGAAUUUUUCAUAGUUUUAAUAUUAUAGAUUUAUAGAUUAUAGAGAAGAGCUAAAAGUUUCGUCCUUUUCUUUUUUAUUUGGAGGAGUCUUCAAUGUAUUGACGUUCAUGUUAGCCAAUUGCAAGAGACUAAGGAUUGUUGACCAUCGAAUCAUAGCAUCGAAACAGGCUUUCGGAGUCAUCGUUUUCUGGUAGCUUUCAAGCGAUUGAACGAGUUGGCGGCGAGACUGAGCACCGGCCCGGAAAGAUCGAACUUUCGCUGAGCAUACUGUACGGGAAGUGGCGUAAACAAACAAAAGGUCAGGACCGUUGAGUAAAAAAUAAUGAAAAGGAGAAACGCGAUAAAUUACCCCAGUGACGCGUCACGGAAACUCAUAACGUCGCGUUUCGUGACAUUUAAUCACUGGCGAUCUGUAGUUCUGGUCGGGUAAUUCCAGCUGGCAGUUAGACUUAGCAAGUCGCAUAAAGCAUCAAAAUAACGUAUAAACGUUAUUAGGGUUACAGGGAUUGAAAGUAACCACACACCCAAUUUGAAUAGCUUAUAGAAGUUGAAGUAGAAAGAAAUUGAGAAGUAAGUUACAUGUGCUUGUGAAGACUUAAAAAAGUAACAAACAAAAACGAUGUGUCUACUGCAGGGAGAACAACGCUAUGAUACUCGAUAGCAAAACGGCAAAGCUUAACACGAAUUUCUUUUCCUCAAACCUAAAACUAUCACAGACUGGAAAAUUAUCUUCCUUAUCAAAAUAAAUUGUCCGUUGAUCGAAGUGUGGAAGUUCACAAACCAACGAACUAUAUACAGACGAAACUACAAGGCAUCACCAUAAACUAAGCUGGUUUCUGCAUCAUUGAACACGCCGCAGUGAUAUAAUUACUGUUCAAGCACGCUACCAGCUGAACGUGUGUAGGUUGCGAAGACUGACUCGUUUAACGAAGUACUUUUAUCAUCUGGCCUAUUGAAAGCCAUCGAUUACAAGGUGUGUCUGCCAGAUGAGACAGUGUGAGUGCUUGGCCAUUUACAUCAGUUUCUGAAUCACGCGUAAUUUAUUGCUUACCUCUCCAAAUCUCGAGGUUCCACAUAUCAUAACUUGCUGCGUGCAUCGUCGAGUGUUGCCGCGUGACUUAUGCAAGAAAAAGUGUGCAACGUCCUGUGGUCCAAGCCUGACCAUUCUUUAGUGCUCGGGUACAAGCUUGUGCUGCAGAAACACUCGCGAGCUGAGUGACUGACGUAAACCCAGUGCUUCAAGGACGUCAGUUUGACCAUCAAGAAGGCAUUAUAGGACACAGGAAGAGCAUGAAUCUGAAGACGAAACAUAAGCAACGACGGAAAAGCAGAAGGUGAAGAUAUCUCCCAUGGGCGAAUUCCUGGUUCCCAUAUCGAAACACAACGAUAGCCUGGUAGCGUGGAAUGGCACCGGUGUGACGAUGACGUUGGACGACGACGAGGCCGUGGACGUGUACGUGACGGCUGUGCUGGGGCCCAAGCGGUUGGAGCUCACGUGGCUCAUCCCGCUGACGGCGGUCUACAGCAUCGUCUUCCUCACGGGAAUUGUGGGUAAUGCCUGCACCUGCAUGGUGAUAGCGCACAACCAGUACAUGCAGACUGCUACCAACUGUUAUCUCUUCAACCUGGCGGUGGCCGAUAUGUUGACGCUACUCUGUGGUAUGCCAUUAGAGUUAUAUACCUUGUGGCAACAGUACCCCUGGGGCUUGGGCACCGCCGUCUGCGAACUGAGAGCCAUUGUAAACGAGGCUACGGCCUACACCUCAAUUCUGACCAUCGUCACCUUCAGCACGGAGCGCUACAUCGCCAUCUGUCAUCCAAUGCGAAUGCAGCAGGCAAGAUCCAAGAUCUCCAGGGCCAUACGAAAUAUCUGCAUCAUAUGGGUACUAUCCCUAGUAGGGGCCACACCGUAUGGCAUCUUCACACGCGUCAACUACCUCCAGGAUCGUAGUGGUCGUCCCAUUCUCCGAUCCGCCUGGUGCGGGUUCCCGUUCACGGACCCAGAUCGCAGCUGGGAAACACUAAUGCUCUGCUCCACUUUUCUUUUCUUCGUGGUGCCCAUGACGUUGAUAAUCGUUCUGUACGUACGCAUCGCGGUCACCCUUCAUCAGACAGUGCCACGUUCUGACACGGCGUCUUGCCGAGCGGACGCGGACCGGUCCAAGGUGCAGAGCCGACGGAUCGUCGUCCGCAUGCUGGCGGCCGUGGUGAUCGCCUUCUUUAUCUGUUGGGCUCCGUUCCACGCUCAGAGACUUCUCUUCCUCUACGUCUCCCUCUACGGCAAGUGGACGGACAGCCUUAGGACAGUCAAUCAGAAUCUAUUUUCACUCGCAGGUUGCUUCUUCUACUUCAACUCGACCAUCAACCCAAUCCUGUACAGCAUAAUGUCAAACCGCUUCCGUGUCGCCUUCCGCGAGAAACUUUGUCUCGGCCCACCCACGCUGUGCUGUCUUCUGACCGCUUGCUACGCCUGUUUCUGCUGCACCCCACCCGGUAAAGCGGACGGCAAACGGAUCCAACACGGCAGCAGCGUCUACCGCAACUCCAGUUCCCAGGGUUCCGUGCGCUCGUACGUCACGAGCUACCCUCACAACGGUCCGCGGGUGCUCCACAAGAACAAUUCAUUUCCGCGCAUGCGCCUGGACGCUCGCCACCUUUCCGCCAUUCCAGCCAACAACGAUAUGACCUGGUGUCAGAACCCGCAGUACGUUCCGGUGGAUCUGUGUCGUGCUGGAUCGCAGAGUGAGAGUGAUAUUAUCCGGACGAUGGAAACGAGCGAGAAGUCCGGCUUGGAACGCGAGCUGGAAAAUGCGUUAGCGUCGCAGCUGGCGUCUUCCGGGGCGACCGUGCAGGAAGGGGACGUCGGUUGCGCGCUGUGCUCGCAUCUGCUCUUUCCAAACAAAGUGCCCAAAGACCAGUCGGACGUUACGACGGUGAUGUCAACGAUGGAUACACAGGAGACGCUACCUAGUCGGGCCUCAGCAAUGGAAUCAAAUUUUUGACGUGAGAGCAACUGACGCAAAACUUGUUUCUGUCUUUUGUCAGGUUCCAGGACAAAAGCUCGCCGGGCAAAAGCUCACCGCACAUUGUGAAAUAUGUAAGAGGCUCUCUUGACCUAUAACCUUGGUCAGUCUCUCUGGUGAGUUUUCGUCCGCCCCUGGUGAGCUCAUAUGUCUGGUGAUCUUAUGUCCGGUGGGCUUAUGUCCGGUGGGCUUAUGUCCGGUAAGCUUUUGUCCGCUCCCACUUUUCUUUUGUCUAGUUCGUUGGCGUACAGGGAAAGGGGGGGGAAUACAACCUGGAAACAUGCGAGUCUCCCGGCGCUCUAAACCAAACGUGCUCAUCUUCGUGCUGAUCGUGUUGAAACGAAUAAAGGUCAGAUGGGGAAAAGGCGGAAAACAAACAAACACCUCAGCCGCAGCUGUUCUAAUAGGGAGUAAUAGGGAGCAAUGUGUUGUAAUAGGGAGCGCAUUUAGCGUACCUUAUACGCAAACGGAUCAUAAGGUGAACGCAAACGAAGGCAGCGCGGAAGAACUUUUUGGAACAUGAUUUUCCCUGCGCGACACCGAAAGGCAAAAGCAUCAAACGUUAGCCAGGAGAUGUUGCCAGGAGCGAAGGCCGUUCCAAGAGUAUUUAUUUCCAAUGUUGGGAUGCUGUUGGACCCCAACCAACAAUACACUCCACUUAUAUUUCGGGCAAUAUAGCAAUGUGUUCGUUCGUCACUCGAUGUCAAAUACAGAGCCUAAACAUCAUGAGCGUCCAGCUGGAGCUCAUGCACUCAUAUACAAUGAGUGUUCAAUUCGCGCACCAACGGGAAAAACAAUUCUCUCUCUUUUUUUUUUCUUCUUCUUUUUCUUGUUGCCGUUGUCGAGAACGAAAUGGUCUUUUACGCACCUAAGCUACACAUUUGAUAUCAUGCACGUUUCAGACUAUAAUCCAAGAAACCGUUGCAGACGACACGAUGCCGCUACAGUAUUUCGCAGGCAACGAACUUAUUUCUAGCAAUGAUGCGCUAGUGAGUGACACAAGGUGACACACGGAUUAAAACCGUAAGCAAGCAUGCGAGCUGGUGAGUUACUAACGUCUAUAUACUUGAAUAUACACUGAGAUUGAGGAAGAGCAUGACGAACACAACAAAAUCUCAAACGCAGCUGAAACGUUAUUUACGCAAGCUUCAUAUCACGUCACACAAAUUGUCAAUCGACGGUCUUCAUUGUUGCAGUGACGCAUUACACAUUUUUCGUUUUCCCUUUGUGAACAUGCAGAGCAAGAAAUGCAAAGCGUGUCGCCAUUACUCUCGGCCCGUGUGCAGAAAUACGCACCAAUGAAUACAGUGACUUCAAGAGGAAGCGAACGCGUUUGCAGGCAACAACCGUGUUUUUGCACGAGGCCCAUGGCAACCUAUGGUCGGGUUUGCCGUUGCGCCAUACGCAUCAUGUACGGUCGCAGCUCAGACACCGUGCUUCGUCUGCUGCAUGUACGCGUCUGGCAGUGCGCUAAAGAAUACAGCGACCUCCUUUUUCUCGUUCGUAUUGUAGGUAGCGCCAAAAAUUAUUGCUGCGCUGACGAAACAACAAUAUACUGGUAUAGGUCGCGAUUCCGGGGAACCCUGGAACGGCUACGUCGCUGAAUACAGAGUGUGGUCAAUCCAAAUCCAAGAAAUGCGACUGUCCGCACCUGCAGAAGGUAUUCCAUUGGAGACGUGAACACCCAGGUCCCCCAAACUCACCACGGAAAAGCGUGGAACGAAGAAGGCCGCCACUAGAUACCCCACUGUUGCCGUUCCGGAUCACUUCAGCGCGCUAAGUUUAGCGGCCAAAUGUUUUUGUUGUUUCUGCGAAUGAAUCUAGUAUUUAUAUGUCCAAAUAAUACGCGUAUAACAACUUUCUGUGUCGUGUUUCACUUUUUGGUCCCGUUUUUAAACGUGUUGAGCGAUCGGAAGGAUCUAGUGCACGGCUGCGUGCAUCGCAUAGCGUACCUGUCGUACGAGGCGCCGCAGGCGCAGUCGUCCAUUUCUCCUUCGGUGACUUGGCCUGGCUUGGAUUGUGCUUCAACUGGAUCUUUAGCGCGCUACAAUCAAACGCAAGCCAACGUCUGGUAACAAUGGGGUAUCUAAGGGCGGCCUCUGGCAUUGCACGCAUCGGGAUAGGAACAAAUACAUGGGAAAAUGGCGACCUUGGGGGACCUGUGAACACCUAUAGUGGAGACGUACAGUUCAGAAAAUCCCAGUGCUCUUUGCGCACGCAUUGCAUCCUGGGUGUUUACUGAGCGGAGGGGAACGAAGAGUAAUCCUUCACAUUUCGCUCUCGCUGACCUUGACACGUCGUGGACAGUGGACCGGUAGGGUAGAAACCGGAACAGUUUGGAGGCCGUCCGUUUCGAUCGUAUUAGUAAACUCCCACAGUUCAAAGCGACGCUAAGCACUCUGGGAUUUUCUGAACUCGUCUUAUUCUCUCAACAGAAGUCGCCAUGAUUGAUUGAUUGAUUGAUUGAAAGAAAGAAAAAAAUGGGGAAAGUCGCCAUGAGUUAAGCGAUGAAUGCCCACAACGAUGCAAAUCGCGCAUUGUACGGCUUUCAUCUUCGAAAGUGUUGCUUCGAAAAGGACAUCUGUUCAUCGAGAUGUGAUCAAGUGUGAUGCAGCAAGCAGAGAGUGAUGUGGAUGGUGCGAUACGUUUCGAAGAGACAUUUGCAGACUUUGAGCUCAUUACAAGAGCGUCUUUGAUGCGGAAGGACGCUGCAUUUUACUGUUCCGGGUGAAUGAUUUUGUUGGUGUUUGUGAAAUUCGCGAGUGGUGCCACAUUGUCAGUGUGUGUGUAUGUGAACAUGCAAUCUAUACAAUCGUACGCAUUAUCCAAACGAAACAAUAAAGCUCACUCCUUUCA